CCGCCCCACCUCAAAACUACCAACUGUUCCAAAACGCUCAGGUUGUCGUCGUGGAAACAGUGACAAGAAAGACAAGGGGGCGGCACUGAGGCUUCCCCUCUCUGACACAACCCCCGGUAAGGGGACACAUACCGCAUACACACACACAGACACACGCACACACACAGUUACCACGCAACGAAGAGCCUGAAAAGCAUGGAGAGACAGCAGAGUAACGUAGAACGGUUCCUCAAGCUGGGCUACCCUCGCAGCGACAUCCUCAGAGUCUUAGACAGCCUGAGACACGAUGCUCAGACCAAUGACAUCCUGGAGGAACUCAUCAAGACCUGCCACAGCAACGCCGGCACAGCCACAGAGACCGGCAGGUCGCCCAGCAACAACAACAGCCCGCAGCUGGUGCCGAGAGGCUGUGGUUCCCCGCAUCUCAGUCCGCAGCUCUCCUCGCACAUCGACAGGCACACACACUGUGACAGCAACGCGUUCAGACCUGUCGUCAUCGAUGGAAGCAACGUGGCUAUGAGCCAUGGCAACAAGCAGGUGUUUUCGUGUCGUGGCGUGCAGCUGGCAGUUCAGUGGUUUUGGGAUAGGGGCAUCCGUGACAUCACAGUGUUUGUGCCCCUGUGGAGGAAAGAACAGCCUCGCCCAGAAGCUCCAAUUACAGAUCAGCAUAUAUUGACUGAGCUGGAGAGGAGGAAGAUCCUUGUUUUCACACCAUCACGCUUCGUCAACGGGAAACGAGUUGUGUGUUACGAUGACCGCUACAUCGUCAAGCUGGCCUACGACUCUGAUGGCAUUAUCGUCUCCAAUGACAAUUAUCGGGACCUUCAGAUCGAGAAGCCGCAGUGGAAGAAGUUCAUUGAGGAACGUCUUCUGAUGUACACAUUUGCCAAUGACAUGUUCAUGCCACCUGAUGAUCCACUUGGAAGGAAUGGGCCGACAAUAGACAACUUUCUCCGCAAGAAGCCAAAGACUCCAGAUACCAAACAGAUCCUGUGUCCUUAUGGAAAGAAGUGCACUUAUGGAGUGAAGUGCAAGUUCUAUCACCCUGAGCGCUCCAACCAAUCACAGCUGUCUGUAGCAGAUGAACUGAGGGCGAAAAGUAAACCUUCCUUGGAACAAAGUCCGCCUUCACCUCGGGCUUCCAACCAGAGCAUGCCAAAGUCAUACAACACUGUGGGAUCCGGUCAGUCCAAGAGUGCUGUAUUGUCUUCCCUUGAUCAAGAUGUCCUUGCCUCAACAACCUCUCCUUGUGACUUCUUUGAUAACUGCAGGGAACCUGGCAGUGCAGGUCACUUGCCAAAACUGCUACCGCAUGUGUGCCUUAGUCCAAGUAGUGAUCGGGUCUAUGGGUCUCUGGACAGCAUCAUUUCCAGGCUCUCCGUCAAUGACCCGGUUCAUUCUUCCACUGCUGGUUACAGCAACGGCUCCAGAACCAACAGUGGCGAUUUCUUCUUCUCUGGUUCUGGUAAAGAUCUUGGCCAGGUUCACAGCCCAACUUUGGGUUCACUAACUCAGGGGGGUCGCUGCUACAGUCCUGGCCCAGUUCAACACAGACAUCCUUGUGAGCACUCUCAGAACAGUUUGGGUUUGACUCCAUACGGGGGCUCAGGGGCAUAUGGUCAACCUCCUCAACGGCCACACAGUCCCUACAAUGUUUCGUCACUGGGCAACGACUCCGGCCAUCCCAUCCAGCGCUCCCACAGUCCCUACAAUGUUUCGUCACUAGGCAACGACUCCGGACAUCCACUCCAGCGCUCCCAGAGCCCCUACAAUGUUUCGUCACUGGGCAACGACUCCGGACAUCCAGUCCAGCGUUCCCACAGUCCCUAUAAUGUUUCAUCUCUAGGCAACGACUCCGGACAUCACAUCCAGCGUUCCCAAAGUCCUUACAACCUCUCAGGGUUUCAGGGUGAUUCGGAGUAUCCUCCCGUUCAACAGUCGCACAGCCCCUACAAUUCGUUGCUGUGCCAAGACUCAGGGCAUUCCACUCAACGGUCUCACAGUCCCUACAACGUCUCUUCACUCAGCAACGACUCAGGGCACUUCGCAGAAGAGCAGUAUUCGCCCGGAGUAAUCCAGAGGCCGUGCAAGGUGCAGGGAAAUGAUGGAGUGAACAUGAAAAGGAAGAGUCUGCGCUCUCAGCUGAGCAGCAUAUUUCCACAGAGCAUCGUGGACCAGGUCAUGACGGCUUACCCACAUAUCCUAGACAUGACAGAACUUAUCGGACUUAUACAGAAACAAAGGAGUUCCUAUAUCUGACAUUAGUGUCACUGUCUCUCUCCCGC